AUGUAUAAACUAUUUAACGUCACUCCGGCUGAUGAAAUCUGCGAUAAUCCUAUACAAAUAGAAUUUCUCGACUUUGAAAAUAGUACUUAUUUUAUUUGUUCUACUCGAGAUUCUUUAAUAAUAGGAAAAAUUAAUGAGGGGAUUGAAAAGCGACAUCCUUUAGAAAAUCUUGAAGACCCAAGAUUCGCAUGUUUAGAACAGAAUGGCAACUUUUUGUUUUAUAUUGUCAGCAGAAAUAUAUGCAGAUCUUUCAGCUAUAACACCAAAACUAGAGAGAUCGAAAACGAUGAGGAAUACUAUGUUAAGGAAAAUAAAUAUGCUAGUGCUGUAGCUAUGUGGAAAACAGAAUCUGGUAAUUACGGAUCUGCGGUGGCUAAUUAUGCAGGCGAGAACAGCCUUAGUUUUAAAAGUGUAACAAACUUCUUCACUUGGAAAAGAAAUUACUUUGAUAGAGAUCCUUACAAUGUCACUUCUUACGACGUCAGCGAUCUGGAGGUCUUUCGUAUCCAUAGCAGUCUAUUUUUAGCUAUAGCCAAUUACAGAAUUGCCGAAAAUCGUUAUCGUGUUGAUUCCGAGAUCUACAAAUUCAACAUCCAUACUGAAAAAUGGGAAAGUCGACAGAAAAUAGAGACGACGGCGGCAAAAGACUUCGAAUUCUUCACAUUUGGAGAGGGUGAUCAUAGAGAAUUCUUUUUAGCUGUAGCUAGUGAAUUAGUUUAUGUUAAAGGUCAAAAAAAUUAUAAAACGGACUCCAUAAUCUAUAAAUUUGUGAAGAGGAAAUUCGUUCCUUUUCAGUGCAUCGAGACUGUACGCGCCAGACAUCUAUCUUCGUUUAAAGGCUUAAAAGGCGAAUUUCUUUUGGCUAUAGCUACAAUGGAAAGUAUAAGCCUGUAUCAAUAUAACGGAUGGAAGUUUGUUAAAACUCUAUCCUUUCAAUACUCCCAUGGGGAGUUGAAUAAUGGCAUUUCUCAUCUCUCUCUUCAUACCCUAAUAUAUCCAGACAAGUUACAACCUACUUUAAGUUUAGCUAAUAUUCGUGGUGGUGGGAAGACAUUCUCGUUGUGGUUUCGACACGAAAACCAUAUAAAAAGAUGGUACGAAGAGAAUUUAAAACGAUGUAACGAAAUGAAAGAAAUUGCUUAUAGUAAAAAAGUGGAAUACGUGUUAAAUAAAUUUAAGCACGUUUAUUUAGUCGAUCAGGAUGAACCGAUAAUUCUAAAUAAAAACGUGACGUUAGAAAGUGAAAUGGCAGCUACCACAGUCGUAACACAAACAAUAAUCGAAAGAUCAACUAAUAAAAUGAUAACGGGACUCAAAAAAGAUAUAAUAGAUAUAAAAGAGAGACUUCAAAGGAUAAGUCAUAAAUUGGCUGAUCUUCAAGAUAACUUGAAGAAAAUUUUGCUACUAAAUGAGAAACAAACCGUAACAGGUCAUUACAAAUUCAAACAGUUGUCCUUAGAAAGUCGCAAUGGUAACGUUGAUAAGAUCCAAACUACUUUCAUGAAUGGUGAAGAUGUGAGAAGAUUGUCUUCGGAUAUCAUCUUAACAAAUGACAAACAAGAAGUGGAUCGCCUAGAAGUGGAUAAGAUUAUAGUAGAAAGCGACUUGCACGCUGAUAAGAUCAACAAUCUUUCUCCCAAUCAACUUGUUACCAAAAACGGCGAACAUUUGAUAGCAUCUCCGAAAACUUUCACCUCUAUCGAAACUAAAGAUCUAAUUGUUGGAGGGAAGAUUAAUGGAUUAACUAUAGAUAAAGACUCAGUUUUACUAACUGAAAAGCAUCAAGUAAUUAACCAAUUCGUGACUUUCGAGAGUAUUACAGUAGAGGAAUUGUUAAUCCACGGUUUACUUAAUGGAAUAAAUUUAAACAACUUGUACUCAGAAAUAGUUCUAGAAGAAGAAAACUACGAUAUUUACGGUGUGAAAGAGAUAGAGGUGGUAGAAGUCGAAGACAUAUCCAUCGAAGAGUACUUCAAUAAUGAAAAUUUUGACGAACUAUGGAGUCAUAUUUUAUGGAAAGACACUGAUCAGGAUAUAUAUGCUCCUUACAAAUUUGAGAUUAUGCAAAUCAAUGAAACAGUUAAAGCCGAGAAAACGGUAAAUGGGAUCAUGAUUCCCGGACCAGAUGUAAUAUUCAUUGACGAAGAUAUAGUUAUAGAAAGCAAACAGAUCUUUCAAAGUUCUUGUUUUAUAAAGGAAUUGGAAGUUAAUUCUAUCAAUGGCAUUCAAAGAAGCGCAGAUGGGAAACAGUUGAAUAUAUUGUUGAAAUCUGAAGAACAAAGAGUAAAGGAAUUAAGGACUUUCAACAAGAUCAAGUUUGAGAGUAACAGAAACGUCGUCAUAGGAACAAUUAACGGAAUUGAUUUAGUGGCGUUUUAUGAGGAACUUUCGAAGUUUAGAGAAAUGCAAAUUAAUGUGAUAUUGAAGGAUGGUUCGAAACUUGCAUAUUCUACCUAUUUCAAACUUGAAAAAAUAGCCACAGAAGCAUUAAAACUCAAUACUACUCGGAUGCCUUCAAUUAAAUUCAUCUUCAAGCAGCUAACUUUUGUAAAUAACUUUACUUGCAAUACCAUUAACGGUUUGGACUGUUAUCGAGAUUUCGUCUUUAACGAAGGCCAUCAGCUUGUCCACGGCAAGAAAACGUUCGAAUUUAUAGAAUUUGGACAAAACGUAAUCGUCGGAGGUUUGUUAAACGAUGUCAACGUCUCUGAUUUCCAUUACGUUUUGAAGACUCACGGGAACCAAACCUUCUCUGUCUCGAAGAUAACCUUCAACAAUCUUAACGUAGAAAAUCAGUUGAUCGUCCAUAAUGCAAUCAACGGAAUUCCUGUAGAAGAAAUUGUACUCCUGUCAGAGGACUCUGAAAUCACCGGAAAUAAAAUAUUUGAAUUGAUAGAAGCCGAAACUUUACACAUAGAUAAUAUGAAUUCUUCUUCUAAAUUCUUAAAUGGUUUAGAUAUUGUUAACCUCCUGGAAACUUCCUUAACACGUUCAGGUCACCAGUUUAUCACAGGAACUAAAACAUUUUUAGAAAAAUUGGUAAUUAUCGAAGGAGGAAACUUAGAAACGGAUUUAUUUAAUGGUCUGGACAUCAGCGAAAUUUGGAAAGACACUCUUCUGAUCGACGAAUAUAAUCAAACCGUAACGGGAAAGAAGACUUUCAUUCAAAAAACAAUAUUCGAAAGCGUUAAGUUAGUAGGAUCUAUCGAUAGAACUACUCACUUCGAUAUUGGGAAUUGGUUGCUUCAAGGCGAUCAGACGAUCAACGGAUCUCUCAUCUUUCUAAAGGACUUGUAUAUAGUAAAAGAAAACAUAGAUAUGAAAGUGGAAGGAUUUUUUAAUGGCAUAAAUAUCCAAACAUUCGAACAGGAGAUUAUCAAUGUAGAAGAGACUACUUCUACGAGCUCUUACCUUCAUUUUCUGUACGUUGAAACAGAAGAUUGCUCAGUUAAUACCAUUAACGGAAUAGAAUUCAAAGAUUUGGUUGAUAGAAACGAAGAAAAAGUCAUAAUAUCGGCUAGGAAAAAUUUUGUCAAAUAUUUUUCGACAACGGAUCUCUACGUUUCUAGCUUUAUAAAUGGAGUCGACAUCGAAGAACUUUAUACCACUACCGUCAUGACAGAUGACGAUCGAAAUUUUGUUACUUUGAGAGUUGAGGGAAAAGUGUUCUUUAAAUCAGACAUUCGGGUGGAGGGAAAUAUAAAUUCUAGUUAUUUAGUACCUAAUGCCACAACUGAUCCCAAGAUGAUAUACAAGUAUACAAGCGUUUAUAUCGAAAAUCUUUUCUUAGAGGACAAUCUGUAUGUCAGAGGCUCGUUAUGUGGAAUGAAUAUCGAAGAACUUAGCAAGACUUACUUCAGUCGUACUAAGGAUCAAACUGUAACUGGAGUCUAUAUUUUUGAAGAUAAUGUCUCGAUUGAGAAUCUGACAAUCGAAAGUUUACUUGUUGAAGGAUUAAUCAACGAGGUAAACAUGACUUAUAUCAACGAAAAUGGACUGAGAACUUCAGGGAAUUGGACUUUAACUAAAUCUUUUACGAUAGAAGACUUAAUAAUUAAAGGAGAAGUAACGUUAUAUGGUUACCUCAACGAAUAUGAUAUGAUGGACUUUGCAAUAAAAUCCAGAAACAAUCAUUUCGAUAAUCUGAUCAUAUUCGAAAAUGACGUAGAAGUAACUAAUUCUUUUCUAAUUACGGGCACAAUUCAAGGUAUAAAUGUAACAGAAUGGUUAGAAUCUAUGUUGCAAUAUAGAACUAUAAACACCUCGAGAAGAAUAUUUACAGAGUUAUCGAUAGAUAAUAUCAGAAUUCACGGCCUUCUGAAUAACGUGAAUUUGUCAAGUGUGUUGUUAAUUUCGCCAAACCAGAAUAUUUCUUCGACUAAAAUCAUAAGUAACACUCGUGUAAAUGAGUUAGAAAUUUAUUCUAUAAACGGCAUUCCAUUUAAUUACUUCCUCCAACUGGCAUUGAAUAAUACAAAGAUGAUGAUAAUCGACGAGUCGGUAUUCGAAAGAGAGAUGGAAGUUUUCGAUCUCGUGGUACAUCGAACUAUAAACGAUAUAAAUGUAACAGAUUGGACAAUUACUGAUGUUAGUUAUCACAUAGAAACGGUAGAAGAGACUAUAAUCGACUUUUGCAGAAUCGUACACAGUCCAACACUGCUGUUAACUUACUACGAAAAAGUUAAGGAUUUCUAUCAUCAUCGCACGCAACUUUUACUGCACGCUACAGUCAAAGACGAUCAUUUGUUAGUGUUAUUAACUUCACUUCGUCAUUCUAAUCAUUCUACUAUCAUCACUUACUGGUUCAAACAGGGAUUAUUUCACAAAACUAACGAGAUUAUCCCGGUUUGUGAUGGUACAGAUAUGGAAACUUUCACGUACAAAGGAAAAACUUUCCUGGUGACAACCAAUACGAAUGCAUCUGAAUGUUUCCUCCCUUAUAAAGCUGCACAAAUAUUCAUUUGGAAGGAAUUGCAGAGUCUAUUCUUCCCUUUCCAACAAUUACCAAUAUAUUCAGCCGUUGACGUAGAAGUCUUCCACAUUGGACGGUCUGUGUGUCUAGCUUUUUCGGAGUCUCUACCACGUGGUAGUCACAUUUCUUCUGAUUCGAGAGUAGAGAUCUACUGCAUGAAUGAUCUCUCCCACAAAUUCGGAUUUGUACAAAGUCUUAAUGCAUCAAUAUCUCAUCAGGUCGACGUCAUUUCUUUCGAAAAUUUAACAUAUUUGGCGGUUGCUAAAUGGCACAAUAUCGAUUACGACUGUCGAGACGAUGGCGUGGAUCUAUAUCUGUGGCACGGAGAACGGAAGUUUCUUCUUUCUCAAACCCUACCCUCAGUUUAUGCAAAGUGCGUCUUGUUCUUGCCUAUCUUAUCCGUUAAAGAGAGGCAUCGCCUGUUUCUGGUGGUGGGCGAGAACGGAAGCCCCUACACAGACCGUAUCGAGCCUUUAACAAUAUACAGAUACGAUCGCCAGCUGCAAACGUUCUCCAGUUAUCAAAAAAUCGCUCUUAGGACACCUGUGGUGGCUCUUGCUGCUCUUACUCUUCCUUCUCACGAUUCGUUACUCUUCAUCUUAGUCGAUAGCCGAACUAAAAACUUGCUGGUGUAUAGAUACGCCGAAGCUUCCGCAUUCGUUUUACAAGAUUCAUUACAUGUUGAAGGUGCCAAGAGUUUGAGUGUGUUCCAAGAUGGUCUCACUCAUUACCUUCUGCUAGCAAGACGUCCUAUCUAUAAUUCCAAGGAUAAGACUGGAAUUGUUCUAAAAUCGACACUGAAAGGAAAAUUACCUCCUUAAAAUACUCUUUAAUAAACAUGUUUAUUACUUAA